AUGGUCCAAUCAUGGCCCUGUGUCUGCUGGGGUUUGGGUUCAACCACCGUCAAAGUUGAGGAGGAGAACCCAGAGUUCUGGAGAGCCCAGGGUGCCAAGGCUUUGCAAGCGGCGCUGAACAGGAAGUUGAACACCAAUGUGGCCAAAAACAUCAUGCUCUUCCUGGGUGACGGUAUGGGCAUUACCACUAUCACAGCAGCUCGAAUCCUCAAGGGCCAGAUGCACAACCAGUCUGGAGAGGAGACAGUGAUGACCAUGGAUACUUUCCCCCAUGCGGGCCUCCUCAAGACAUACAGUGUUGACUUCCAGAUCCCUGACAGUUCCUCCACAGCCACAGCCUACCUGUGUGGUGUUAAGACUAACCUGAACACGGUCGGGGUGAACGCUGCCGCACGCAACGGAAUCUGCAAGACCCAGAAGGGCAACGAGGUCACCUCUAUUCUCAAGUGGGCCAAAGAUGCUGGUAAAUCCGUUGGCAUCGUCACAACAACGCGGGUCCAGCAUGCAACUCCUGCCACAACAUAUGCCCACAGUGCCAGCAGGAAGUGGUACAGCGAUGCAGACAUGCCCGCCUCUGCUAAGAAAGAAGGAUGCACAGACAUUGCCUCUCAGCUCCUAAACGUGGCUCGUUACGUGUGGAACAGGACUGACUUUGACGCUGUGGACCCUGACACCACUGACUACCUUAUGGCCCUGUUUGAGCCUGGAGACCUGCGCUUCGACGUGGAGAGAGACCCCACCAUGGACCCUUCCAUCACUGAGACCACAGAAAAGGCCAUCCGCAUCCUCAGCAAAAACCCCAAGGGAUUCUUCCUCCUGGUAGAAG